AUGACAGGAAGCCCGAGUGUGGUACCCGAGGAAGAGCUUUCACGCAAAAGGAAAAGAAGACAUGUAGGGGCUUUUCCAUGCCUGAAGUGCCCAAAGGUGUUCUCCAGAUCUGAUCAUCUAGCUCGGCACCAUCUCAAUCACCAGCCAAAACAAGUUUAUGUAUGCGAUUUCACUUUUACCAGUCAAACAGGUGUAAAUCGUAAAUGUGGAAAAACAUUCGUUCGGAGAGACUUACGUGAACGACAUUUACGUCGUCAUCUCCUGGAGAGACCUGGCGCGUCUUUGGAACCAGAUUCUAUCCCUGUGAAGGAACAACUAAUAUCAUUGAGUAAAAUAGAUCUUACUGCACGUACAAUGGAGCUGCUGGAAGGGCCAUUGCCACAAGUUAGCUCGGGGAUUCCCAUUAUUUCUGCAGUUUCGCUGGGCCUAUCCAUCACCAAGAACCUGGCUGCACCUAAUGCUGUGAAUGCAGUCGGAAAAGAAAACCAGUCUAUGCAUAAUGAAUCUGAUGGUGGGCAAAAGUAUUUUCAUUUGGCACCCAUGCCUAACGACUCCGCAUCCAUACCUAAUCUUGGGCCUGUUAGUGAAAUGCGUGUCGGGCCUUAUCAUGAUCUACGCAACCCAUCACAAACUCUAUCCGGGAAUCAAAUUCCCUUGAAUGAGAUGAGAUUAGAGGUUCUACCCCUACAACAGAAGCCAAGCAAUUUAGGGCAGCAGCCGUUCAUCACGUUGCCCAGUCAACAACGCGAAUCACUACAAAAGUACACAGAUGUUUCAUUAAAUGGGCUGCAUCUCACACCUCAAAAAUACCAGCAUGUGCAGCUUCCCAACCCACAGCAACUGAGAAGUAGGAUGAAAAUGAGCUCUCAUGACUAUAUUCCAGAUGCACCGCCUCCAGUAAGACAACAGGGCCCUCUCAAUUUUGGAGACGGUGGUGAACUUGUCGCCGAAGCAAACUAUGUGCAAUCUGAAAAUGAUAUUCUUUCCUGGCUACUUAUGGAGUCUCUGCAUGAUUUGGAUCCAGUACAGCCGCCUGCACCACCACCUAAUAUGCCUGGGAAUCACGAGCAACUUCAAUCGAUCUCGAGAAUUCGAGAAUGGUCACAUCAAAUCGAAAGUGAAUUCAGUGAUUACUCAAACCUUGGUCCGAAAUCUUCAUGGCAUCAGCCUUCAAUGCUGAGCAUGGAUAUUCACGAUCUCAACUACUUCUUGAAAAAUGAAGACCCAUUAGAUGACAUGUUUUCAAAUCUCAAAAAUGGGCAAUCAGGAACGUUUCAAGGGGACACACGAAGUUUCAAAUUGCCUACUUCUACAGUAUCAUCAACCUCUCCCACAAAUUCCAUUGAUUUGAGCACGCCUCAGUCAUUCUCAGAUGUUUACGCUAGUGGAAUAGAUAGAGGCACAGUAAAAGAUCGCUUAAAUCAUCAUCUGUUGAAGCUCAAUCUCCAGAAAAAUAAACAUUUCUACUUGUCCAAAAACUUGUGGGCCAGAAUACAGAAUUCGCUCCCGGAGCUCACAACUGAAAUCCUAGAGAGUAUAUUCGUCGAAGAAGAUAUGCAGAGAAUAGAGCACAGAAUGUCCUUUUAUCUCUACGGAUUUUGGGAAACAUUUCAUCAGCGAUUUUCUGUUUUACAUAAGCCCUCAUUUUCUACUGCAGAAGCAGAGCCACUCUUGCUAUUAUCAAUGCUAAUAAUUGGUUGCAUGUAUUGUGCAAAAACACCAGAAAACACCAGAAAAACAGUUGCGUGCCCGGAGUUCAAGUUUUGCAUGCUCGUAGCCGAGCCUCUUCGGUUCAAGCUUUUUCAGCAUCCGGGCUUUAAAUGUCCAGUGAAGGUUUGGGUUUUACAGAGCUUGAAUUUUCUUGAGUGGUGCGAGAAGAACUUCCUCAGUAGAGAUUUGCAUGAGAGAGGGCAUGUUCACCACGGAACUACUGUUCAGUUGUUGAGACGCUCACCAUUUCUUGGGGGUAAUCCAGCUAUAAGCCACAAACCAAAAAGUCUGACAAAUGAGACCAGCGCUAGCGGAAGCGAAAUGGAGAAUUCUGAUACAAUUGCAGGCGACUCUGAAGAUCAGCUUAAUAACGACCAGAACCUUUUUCGGAAUUGGGUGGAGUCAGAAUCUAUGAAAAGAAUCACCUUUAUGACGUUCUACUUGGACGUAAUUGAUUAUAUCAAGUUCAGACAUACCCCACAUAUUUCUUUCUUCCAGCUCCAGCUAUUAAACUUGCCCUGUGAUGAGGAGAACCUUUGGAACUCCUGUGAUAUAAAUGGGUCUUUUAGAAAGCUCGUUAAGCGUCAGAAGAAGCUUCAGAGUAUUGCAGCCAUGGAACUGCGCAAUAUAAAAGACUCGAACCGAGUCAAGCCAGGUAUGAAGUUUUUGAAUGCCUUAAAGAUGCUUAUGAAAGAAAAAGACCAAAGCCAAAAAUACUCUUUAUUCACAAGAAAUAUUCUUUUUGGGGGAUUAGUCUCAGUUAUGCAUCAAAUGCAGCAGACAGAGCUUCAAGAUAGUUUUAGCAUCCUCUCUUCAAGCACAGAUCGUGACAGAACUUCACAUUGGAAAGAAAUUCUUAUCAAAUCGUUGGAUGGAUAUGAGAUAGACUUAUUCUCGGACAUCGAUCAAACAAGCUCUGAUCCAUUUUUCAAAAUUGAAAAGUUCCAAUGCAAAUUUCCAAUGUAUCAUUUAGCACCCAUCAUUGGAAUUUCCGAUAUAAAUCAUUAUGACAUUGCCAUAUUCAGCGGGUCAGCGCGGAAUAUGAGUGUUGACGCUUCAUCCAAAGAUAUCAGGAUUGUGGAGCAAAAACUCAAGACAAUCUGGAAGGAGAAUGGAUCGAUAAACUCAUUCAAUGAUUUGGUCAAUGUACGAUCAGUGAUACAUUGUUAUUGGCUCUUAUGGAGUCUCAUGUUUCCCCCUUUAAAUGAAGACGGCGGGGCCGAUGAGCCUCAUAAAUUCUACCGGUGGAAUGCCGAUCAUGAUUGUUUUGAUAUGAUGUAUGCGUCCAGUAUUGCUAUGUUGGUGCUUUGGUGCUAUGUCUUCUCGACUUGUGGACUAGAGUCGUCUGUGUUUAAAGACUUGGAGGAUACUUUCGCCGUAGAAGACCAAAGGUCGUAUGAAAAAUUGAGUACCUUGAUUCAAGAGGAUGGACACAGCUACCUUUUUAGAAUCAGAGAUGAGUUUUCGAGGAAAUUGAAGAAAAAAGGAUUGGCAUCUGAAUUCUGUAUCCACAAAACAAGCUCAAAUAAAAGGCAGGUUCCUUUAUUCGAUGCUAUACAAAAGCAUUGCGAAAUUCUCCCGAAAAUUAGCUGCAAACAAAAUAUCAGCGGACUUUGUUUUCUUCUUGGGACGAAGCUAUACAAAAGUCAAUGGGAGAUUGUUCGUGAAAACGCAAAACUAAUUUUAAAUUGUGGUUUACGCUCCAUUGGAAAAAGUACAUGGCAAUGUCUUGAUGUAUUUCAUGAUGACUUCACUGACUGA